GCUUCGCGCUCAGAGCCUCGGAGGUGCGCGGGCGCGCAGUUACAGCUGGGUUCCGGCGCUCCGAGGGCUCCCGCGGCCUGAGGUCUCCCGCGCUCCGAGGUCUCCCGAGGCCCGAGGGCUCCCGCGACCCGAGGUCUCCCGAGGCCCGAGGGCUCCCGCGGCCUGAGGUCUCUCGCGCUCCGAGGUCUCCCGCGACCCAAGGUCCCGCCCCCACUAUGAGGCUGAGAAGUCCUGGGAUGUUCCUGCUGCUGCUUGGCGCCCUGCAAGCCACAGAUAUCCAAGAGCAAGAAGUCAGAGCGCUGGUGGGCAGCGACGUCGAGCUCAGCUGCAUUUUCCCCGAAGGACACACUUUCGAUUUAGAUGACCUUUAUGUGUAUUGGCAAAUCAGCAUCUUGGGCCACCUGACGACCGUGACGUACUACCUCUCUGGGAACAGCUCGGCCGGCCUUGAGGACAACCGCUACAGGGACAGGGCCUGGCUCGCGCCCGAGAGCAUGAAGCACGGCGACUUCUCCCUGCAUCUCUACAACAUCACCCCCCAAGACGAACAGAAGUUCAGCUGCCUGGUGUUUAGGAAAUCCUUGCAGUUAAAAAAGAUUUUGGACGUGGUGGUGACGCUGCAUGUGGCAGCAAACUACAGCAUGCCCAUGGUCAGCAUCCCAAGCGGCCCUCCCGAGGACGAGGAGCUCACAUUCACGUGCACGUCUACGAAUGGCUAUCCAAAGCCAAAUGUGUACUGGAUCAACAAGACGGACAACAGCGUGCUGACCGAGGGCCUGCAGAACAGCACGGUCUUCUUGAACGCACGGGGCCUAUAUGAUGUGGUCAGCGUCCUGCGGAUCAGGCGGACCCCCAGUGUGAAUGUCGGCUGCUGCAUAGAGAAUGUCCUUCUGCACCAAAACCUGACUGGCAUCGGCCAGGCAGGUAAGGUCCUCCGGGGUCUGCGAGAGGAGGCCAGCCCAAGACUGUGGGCCUGCAGUGACUCGGAGGACAGGCCCCUGCAAGAAACGCCCAGGGCAACCGAACCCAGCAACACGGGGAGCCACACCGGCGUCCACAGGAAGGGCCACGGGACGGUGCUGAGCGCCCUGGCCAUGCUGGGCGUGGUUGUGGUGGUGGCCGCGGCCGCCGGCAGCAUGUGCAGAAGCAGGUGCCCCCACGGGAUCCAUGCCAGGUGCCAGGCUGCAAGGCCAGAGCAGGCAUUCUCUGACUACGUUUGACGAGAACUCACCGCCUGGGAGGUGGACGGGGCUUCUGUGAGAUGCCACCAGGAGGGACGGCGGUCAGCAGCUUGAGAAUUGACUCGGGCAAGGCCUGGUGGCCAAGGGGGACCAUCUGCCCCCAUCGGCGCCAUUAACAAGGGGGCUUCGUGGACACGGGGCCUCUCCGGCCUGAAGGGACACGCAGGACUGUGCCUGACCCCAAGGAGAAUGUUCCAGGGGCUGCCCCAAUCCUGGAAUGAGGACCUUUCGAAAGAGUCAGCAGCUCCAGAACACACAUGCCCCCCAUGUGGGCAGGCUCCCCAGCUCUGGGGCUUCGUGAUGGCUCCCUCCCCUACCGCCCCCCUGCAGCCCAUGGGGCCCUUCUCAAUAUCCAAAACCUGCGGGGGGUUUGGAGAGAUGGAGGUUUUCUGAGACCAGAGAAGGUCGUCUCAUUUAGGAAGAAGAGAGAGGGUGCGGGUUUUUCCGCAACUACCCUGUUGGGUGAAGGUCACUCAAGGGUGUCUGUGGGACACGUAGGUGCAGGACUCCCACCCCACCUGCACCCCAAGAUGUAGGACCUGUGUGUCUGCACGUGUGUGUGUCCAGGAUGCAGGAAGUGGUCAACACUGCAAAAUCCCUAAAUGACUCCUGGGAGUUUGUGUUUCUCUGGGAUCUUCACUGGGAAGAAAGCCCGACCUUGUUUGUUUUGGUCAAAAGCUGGAUUUCCCUCCUAAAAAGACAGUGGAAUUUUUCGAGAAGAUAGUCUGCUGCUGGGGCCACCAUGGCAGGAGCCGCGGCCUCCAGGGAAACCCAGAAACUCGCUCAGGCAGGAUUGGGAGCUCGAGUCUCUGGUGGACACGGGCUUCACCAGGUGGCCAUCGAGGGCCUUCAAAGUGGCGCCAUGACCCGCAUGGAGGAGGCGUUCUCCCGGCAGAGCGGCAGCUGGUCAGAAUGUGGCGCUAAUUCCACCCAUCCUCUGCACCUGUCACCCCUGGCCCCCCCAGAACUGUUUACCAGGCUCCUCGGAGCCCCCCGGGCCCAGCAACGGACAGCAGAGGUAUGCGGCCCACAGCUCUGAAGGUUUCCAUGUUGUGGCCCCAAAUGAAUCUAGCCACUUUUGUUUCCAGAAGGUUCUGUGAAGGAGGCUGCCAGGUCACGCGGGUGUGCGCACCCCGUGGGAGACGCAGCCUGUCGUCCUGCCUGUGAUCACUCAGCCCUGGUGGGCGGGCGUCAGAAGCCUGCAGGCCCCAGACCCGGACUGGACAAACACGGGGACCAGGCUCAGGGGCGGAGCUGUUAAAAGAAAUUGUUCGUUGUCUAUUUUUGUGCCCAGAACUCCACACACGGCUGUGACAUGAGUGUGGGGAGACUCAUGAGCAUCAGACCACGUGAAGCAUUAGAAGGGAUGUGUCGCUACAGAGGGACGGGGUCACGGGCAUCCGGAGCAAAAAGCACAAGUGACCACCGGGUGUGGAAGGGCGUGCGGAGCCCUCCUGCAGCUCCCCUGCAGCAGACCCUGCUCGCCGGGCGCCCACCCAGGCAGGACCCCGGGGUCUCGUUCCGGCUCCUUUGGGUCUGGGAAGACGUACAGUGACCCUUUGCCCCUCAGCCUGGACAUCACCGUCCGCUCCUCAUGCUGUGCUUUGGGCAGGCCGGAGGCCAAUGUUCUCGUGUCUGCUUCUGGAAACCCGAUUUAUAAGAAUACAAGAUGGAAGCGGC